AUGUCUCCUCAAGGAAUCCGCAUCGGGCGGCUCCAACCCGAGGACAUUCCCGCCGCGGCCCGGCUUGCGGGACAGGCUUUCGCGAGCGACCGGCAGACACAGAUGAAGGCGUUGGGAGAGGCUGAGCCGUUUGACAUGGAAAAGUACACACUCGAGAGCAUGCCGAGUCACCUUACGUCUCGGACAUGCCACGUGCUCAAGGCGGUCGAUGAGGCGACCGGUGAGCUCGCGGGUGUGUGCAAUUGGGGCAUCAAGGGCUUCGUGCCGCGGCGGAUGCCCUUUUUCGAGGACCGCGUAGCCGAGGCGGCUGCAGAGCAAGACGCCAGACCUGCUGCAGAGGACACGAGACAGCAGCAGCAGGAGAAGCAGCCAGAGCAGAAGGAAGCUGCUCAGCCGACAGCGGCGGCGGCGGCGGCGGAGGAGGAGGAAACGGACCCGAUCAAGCGUCUCGUAGCGCUGACUGACGCCGACAUGCGCGCGUGGAUGACCGAGGUCAUGCCUGCCGGCACGCGGUGCCUCUUCAUCAUCGGGCUGACCGUGUCGCCCGCGCACCAGAACCGCGGGGUGGGCUCGGCGCUGCUGCGCUGGGGCAAGGACAUUUGCGACGACAGCGGCGUGUUUGCAUGGGUGCAUUCGUCGGAUGCCGCUUGGGGCAUGUACCACAAGAGCGGCUUCGAGGUGGUGCGCAGCUUGGACGUGGACCUGGACGAGUACGCGCCGUGCCGGCCGCCGGGAGAGGGCGCGGAUGCGAGAUGGGGACGGUACGUGUUUCGUUACAUGAAGUAUGUUCCGAAGAAAGAGGAGGCAGGGAGGGCGGAUUGA